AUGCCGUCAGUACUUGACCCAGCCGAGGACUGCUACAAAAAACCAGCUGAACUUGAAGCCAACCCGGAAAUCGGCGGGAUAGGGGCCGUUCUCGAAAUGUGCGACAUUCAGCUAUUGACAGGAUUUGGUAUCCUGCUAAGCGGCUACGUCAACUUGUUCAUCGAUACCAUUUCGGCAUACCACUGGUACAUCAUCGUAUAUCUCGUCUGGUUCUCAAACCUCACCCAUGUCGCUUGCAUGACUGUUCUUCGUGGACAUUUGCACCGACACCCAACCCAGCGAAGGUGGCGCCUGAGCCUAAUGUUCGUCUUAUGGGUGGGCCUCCUGGUAGCGAUCGGGCCAACCUUUUGGUUUGACUGGAUGGGAACCGAAGAACAUCUGGCGUGGGAUGUGUCGACAACGAAUGCGCGAUGCUUUUACUAUCCAUCCAUAGCACUGAACACCAUGGAAUGGAGAGCGUGUCAGGCAUCAGUCGAACUCCACAAGGAGAGGGGGAAUGUCACCUACACAGUAGACGAAUGCGUGGCUUCCGACACCUGGGGACCUACGGACAUUCCUAUGGAAUCUCAUCUGUCGUUCCAGACAACUAUGCUCUCUGUCAUUCUGGCAAUCUUUACUUUUCUUACCCGGCUGGUGAAGAUGAACAGGUCUUGGUCCUUCCGGACUCGGAUGUCGAUUCUGGACAAAACUAUCAACUGGUACUUAGUACGAACGGCUAAACAGAUGAAGUCCCAGAGCAAAAGGUCAGCAAGGAGCAUCAUCACGAGGAUGAGGCGCAUCGGUAUUCUGCUUCGAAUCUCAUGGGGAUUGAUGCUGUAUACGUACCUUAGCAUCCUUUCCUCGGAACUCGUCGAUACAUAUUGGCUAUUUACGUUGGCUAUUUGGGGUACGGUGCGCCUGCUUCGAGUUCGCGCCUCUGUCGACAUCAACGAGAACAAGUGGGGCUUUGGUCAAAUUCUUCCCGUAUUUCUCCUCAUCGGACCCGUCGUUGCUUUCGCCGUGCCCUUCUUAGGGGCAAUGAAGAAGACGGCUGAGAAAGGAAGCACGGUGUCCGAGGAAGAUGUCUCGGAGGAGAACCAAAAUCAAAUUGGGAGACAAUUGAAUACGGAUCUAUCAGAGACCAUCAGUACUCGCCUCGACGAUACAGGAUCGACUAUGAGCGAGGUCUCAGAUCCUGAUAACAGACACUCGAAAACCAAUAUUCAACCUCUCAACCAGGCAUGA